CCGCAUCCGAUUUGCCACUUGGAAAUCAAUGAAGCUCUUGUGGCUGCUCCGGGGAAUGUGGUUACCGGUGACUGGUUUCCUAAUUGAACGUGUUCAAAGGAUACUCAGGACCGCAUCGCACAUGAGCUGAUGAAACGCUAUCUAGGAACCUGCACUGGACCAAAUCUCCGCAAGGCGGACGCAAAGCGCUUGGGAUCAUAUCGAGCUGCCUGCACCUGAAACGGAUUUCAGAAGCUUCCAUUGCAGCACAGCCAAAACCGACGAGGUCGCGACUCGUGCAGGGGAUCGUCGGACAAUGAAAAUGCACUUUGAUCUCGUGUCGUUUGCAAUAGACGUUCAGCUGACAACUGUCUCAGAUUACCUGUUCUUGAUGUGGAUACGAAUCCUAUGAUUGAUCAUUCCUUCCUCUUGAAUUGGGAGGCGUAGAGCCUCGCCUUUUUGUCUUCUCCAAGGGGUAGGACGACGGAACGGCCAACAAGGCAUGUGAUGGGCUUUCUUCCAGAUCGAGAAGUGAGCGGUGUAAGGAAAGGAAUACCAGACGUGGAAGAACGGCCAUGGCAGAGUGCUGAAUGACAAGAUCUCGGAAGUGGAGAGGUUCGAUGCGGUGAUAGCUCAGUUAUGUUGGCUCUGAGGACUUGUUUCGGGACCAAUUCCGCGUGAACAGAAUGUCUCGAAACAGAAUGUGUGCUCAACUUCGAUGCAAUUCGAGAGGAUGAGGCUAUUGGAUGGCGAUUACUGGUUUUAAUCAUGUUUGCAUAUCAUCAAACAAGACCGUGACUGUCCGAAUACCUUUCGUAGUCAAUUUUAUCAAACCAGUCAGUUCUCAGGCGCUAUUCCAAAAAAUUAGCAGGGAGUCUUGGUCUCAUGAAAGAGUUGAUUCUUGUAAACGAACGUACGGGCAACAAAAUUGCAUCCAAAAGAACUGGCCUGAGAUUUACAGAAAAAAACGGCGGCCAUGCGGACGUCUCGAUUGACAGUCCGACUGAUACCGUCUAGGUUACUGCCGUCACAAUUUCC